AUGUUGGGAGACACGGACGACAAGGACAACAUCGACGAGCGAACCCGGAAACACUUGAAGAGGGGCCACGAUUGCGGGACGGACGUGCUGGGCGACACGAGGGCAACAUACUGCCGGCGGAACCUUGAACAUGCCGUUGCAGUUUUUGGCCGUCGACGAUUUUGGCCAUCGGGAGAUUUGGGCCUGAUGGCAUCCGUGAUCGAUUUGUCGACAGUUUGGCGACGCGACAUGGAUCUGUGGAGGAUUCGAGCGGAUUUGGAGCGAUCCGAGUUUCGUCAUGCGACCACUGCCAUGGCCGACGUCGAAAUUCUCAUUCGCACCUUGCCUCGAAUCCGCCGUCUUCAUGAGUACCAGGUCAUUGGCCGGCAUCUGCCGACCGAGACCAACCCGUCUCCCGCUCUGUACCGCAUGCGCAUCUUCGCCCCGAACACGGUCGUUGCCAAGUCCCGGUUCUGGUACUUCCUUCGCGGCCUGAAGAAGGUUAAGAAGGCCACCGGUGAGAUCGUUGCCGUCAACGAGAUCUCCGAGAAGCACCCCCUGAAGGUCAAGAACUUUGGCAUCUGGCUCCGUUACGACUCGCGGUCUGGCACGCACAACAUGUACAAGGAGUACCGCGAGCUGUCCAGAACCGCUGCCGUCGAGUCCCUGUACUCGGACAUGGCCGCCCGCCACCGCGCCCGUUUCCGGUCGAUCCACAUCCUGCGCGUUGUCGAGAUUGAGAAGGGCGAGGAUGUCAAGCGCCCAUACAUCAAGCAGCUCAUCACCAAGAACCUGAGCUUCCCCCUGCCCCACCGCGUCCCCAAGAUCCCGACCAAGAAGAUUUUCAGCGCAAAGCGCCCUGCCACGUUUGCUUAA